AUGAGCUCGAGGCUCAUUCUUCGUGCCACGGCGAGUGUACCAGUGGUGCGCUUGGCCAGCAGGCUCGCUGCCAGUGCACAUCUUCGGAGAGUCUCUUGUCGCGCUCGUCUCUACCACGCUUCGUCACCGAUACGAAAUGGAGAGAAGGCUGCUAGUAGCGCUACAACAGCCAAUGGCGUCACACAGGAAACAACCGAUUCAAGUUCAGGUCGCCCCUACUCGGAGCUGAGUGUCGGAGUCCCGCUCGAGACUUACCCGGAUGAACGGAGAGUGGCUGCUACACCUCAGAACGUGACCGCGCUCAUCAAGAAGGGGUUCAAGCAAGUGCUUGUAGAGAAGAAUGCCGGCGCACAGGCGCAAUUCCUCGAUGAACAGUACAAGGCUGCAGGAGCGACGCUCGUGGACAAGCAGCAGGUCUUCGCGGGCUCGGACAUCCUGCUGAAGGUUAGACCACCGCUGGAUGAAACGGUUGACGCCCUGGCGAAUGCUGAGAAUGUCAUCUUGGUCGUGGGGUACGGCAUGGCUGUAGCCAAGGCGCAAUAUGCAAUUUCGGACAUUGUGUCGACGUUACGGGCGAAGGGGAUCAACGUGCGUUUUGCCAUCCAUCCAGUGGCUGGACGCAUGCCCGGGCAGUGCAACGUCCUGUUGGCAGAAGCAUCUGUACCUUACGAUAUCGUCUUGGAGAUGGAUGAGAUCAACGAUGACUUCGGCGACACGGAUGUGACGCUCGUCACCGGUGCGAAUGAGACGGUGAACCCGAUUGCGCUCGAGCCUGGCUCGCCCAUCGCGGGCAUGCCCGUCUUGCAUGUGUGGAAGAGCAAGCAGGUCGUCCUCAUGAAGCGCGGGAUGUCCAGCGGUUAUGGUCACCGACGUACGAAGAUGCUUUUCGGUGACGCGAAGGAUACGUGCGAAGCCAUCAAGAAGGGUGUCGAGGCCAAGACCUUGUGA